AUGAUGAACAAUCUUACAACAGAAAUGUCUUUGACGACUAAUAUUUUUCGUCGAUAUUUGUUAGGAGAAUCAUUGAAAAGUAUUCUUAUUCGUUUAACAGUUAUAUUAUCAGCUAUUAUUGUUGUAUGGUCUGGAAUAAUGGUUGCUUUAAUCAUUCAUAUGAAAUGUCAACGAUCAAAACAAAUGAUUAAAACAUCGAUUCCACAUCAUCAUUUAUAUGAUAGUAGUUUAAGUUUAACUAGAAAAGUAUCAACUCGUUCUAAACGUAAUCGUCGUUUUGACUCAUCAUCAUUAUCAACAUGUUGCUAUUCGAUUUGUCAUUUUCUAUCACAAAUUAAACAACAUUGUAUUUUUUGUUCAUCAUCAUCAUCGAUAGAUAAUGAAAAUUCUAAAAAUCGAUUAUCACCAAUAACUAAACGAAAACAACGAAUAGAAUCUAUAUCAGUAAAUUCUUGUUCAAAUUCGCAUAACGUUCAAAUUGUUGUUGAAGCCAUGACCAAACGAUCAUUAAAUCGUAAUCAUAAUGCAGCUAAUAUAGGGAAAAAAAUUUCAUUAUAUCGGGAAACAGAUAGCUCAAGUGGUGAUGAAUUAAAAAUUUUUCAUCCAUUUGAUAAUAAUCAAAAACAUCCAAUUAAAAUCAAUUCAAAUGCAUCAAAUUUUGUUCAACUAAUAGAACCAAAAGAUUAUAUCCAUUGUCCUUCUAUUUCAUUGCCAAAAAAUGGAAAUACAAAUGAUUAUCAAACAACAACACAUGUACAAAAACUUCAUAAAUAUAAUACAAAAGUGACUCUUGCACUUAAUCCACAUACUCGACGUUUAUCAAAUACAAAUAUAAAUUCUCAUUGUCUACUAACAAGUACAAUUCCAAAACAACAACUACAAGAACAACCACAACGUAAAUCAUUAUUAGUAAUUUCAUCAACACUAGAACCAAGGUUUGACAAUGAUCGUAAACGGAGUCAUUCAUUAUUAGAUGAUCCAACAACAACAACAGAAGGAAGUAUAACAUCAAGUUCAAAACAUAUACCAUUAGUAAUGAUUACUGAUACCAGUUCAUCAAAUACAAAUAUUGUCGAACUUGAAACAUUUGAAGAUAAAAAACGUUCAGUUGAUGAUAUUGAAAGACUUUUAUCACAAGAAUUACGAGCAACAUAUCGACCAAGACAUUCAACAUAA